GGGCGGCUUACAGAGGGGCGGUGGGGCCGGCAGCCAAUGGGCGGCGGUGUGAGUGCGGCGGCUCGGUUUUUGAAUUGGCGGCGGCCGCUGAUGGCGGCGGGCGGCACCGGCGCUGUUGAAGAAAGAAACGAAGCAUAAUCAUGGCUGACAGCAGUACUCUGGUGUCUGAAACCGGGAGGAGCCUCUUGGCUGAUUCUUCUGUUCUUGAUUCAAAAAUUAUAGAAACUUCCAAAGAGAAUGUAUUCCGUGCAACUGUUCUGGAUGUUGAAGCAGAAGAAAUGCCUCAAAUAGAAACAAGAGUGGUUUUGGUUCAGGAAGCAGGGAAACGUGAGGAGCUUCUGAAAGCCUUGGAGACCAUUAAGAUAAUGGAAGUACCUGUUAUAAAGAUAAAGGAAAGUAGUCCUGAUAAAUCAGAAGAAAAACUAAUAAAAAGUAUUAUUCAUAUGGAAAUUAAAACACCCUACAUAAAGACAGACUCGAUAGAAGAGCUUGGAGAUUCUGAUUCCCCGGAAUUUGAGACGAUCUUUGUCGUGUCCGACUUCCAAGCUCCCGUCUUCAGCAACCUCUGCAAGGCGGAUUGCCGGGUCAUCGGGCCGCCAGUCCUGCUGCACUGUGCGCGGAAAGGAGAGCCUUUACCUUUCUCCUGCCGUCCACUGUACUGUGCAAGUAUGUUGAACUUGGUACUGUGCUUUACAGGAUUCAGAAAGAAAGAUGAAUUAGUUAAACUUGUGACCUUGGUUCAUCAUAUGGGUGGAAUUAUUCGAAGGGACUUUAGCUCAAAAGUUACUCAUCUGGUGGCAAACUCAACACAUGGAGACAAAUUCAGAAUUGCUGUAAGUCUUGGUAUUCCUAUCGUGAAAGCUGAGUGGAUUUAUAAGGCAUGGGAGAAAAGGAAUGAAAUUGAUUUCUGUCCAGCUGAUGAUGAUUUCAGAAACCAGUUCAAGGUUCCUCCCUUUCAGGAUUGCAUGUUAAGUUUCCUGGGAUUCUCUGAUGAUGAGAAAGCUAACAUGGAAGAAAUGACAGAAAUGCAAGGAGGACACUAUUUACCAGUUGGUGAUGAAAGGUGUACACACUUGGUGGUUGAAGAAAGUACAGUAAAAGAUCUUCCAUUUGAACCUUUGAAAAAACUUUAUGUUGUAAAGCAAGAGUGGUUUUGGGGAAGCAUUCAAAUGGAUGCCAGAGCUGGAGAGUCCAUGUAUUUAUUUGAGAAGUCAGAGAGUCCUGACUUCAAGAAGUCGGUGUCGCUGCUUUCCCUGAGCACUCCCAACAGCAACCGCAAACGGCGCCGCUUGAAAGAGACUCUGGCCCAGCUGACCAGGGAAACAGACAUGUCCCCGUUCCCUCCGCGGAAACGCCCCUCAGCUGAACAUUCCCUCUCUAUUGGCUCCUUGCUGGAUAUCUCCAACACUCCAGAGUCAAGCACUGCCAAUGGAGAAACACCAAAAUCCUGUGCAAGACCUUCCAAAAACUCGACUCCUCUUCCCCUCAAGCAGUCUGCAAGAUGGCAGGUUGCAAAGGAAUUGUAUCAGACAGAAAGUAACUAUGUUGAUAUUCUGACAACAAUUAUUCAGCUGUUUCAAGUUCCAUUGGAGAAGGAAGGACAGCUUGGGGGACCAAUCCUUGCACCAGAAGAGAUCAAGACCAUAUUUGGCAGCAUUCCAGAUAUUCUUGAUGUGCACACUAGAAUCAAGGAAGACCUGGAAGAUCUUAUGAUAAAUUGGACUGAAAGCAAAAGUAUUGGUGAUAUCAUUCUCAAAUAUUCAAAAGACUUGUUGAAAACAUACCCUCCGUUUGUGAAUUUCUUUGAAAUGAGCAAGGAGACGAUUACAAGAUGUGAAAAGCAGAAACCAAGGUUUCAUGCCUUCCUAAAGAUAAAUCAAGCUAAACCUGAAUGUGGUCGCCAAAGCCUCGCUGAGCUCCUUAUCCGUCCUGUUCAAAGGCUGCCCAGUGUUGCCCUACUACUAAAUGAUAUUAAGAAACAUACAGCAGAAGAGAACCCAGAUAAAAUAACUCUAGAGAGAGCCAUUGAAUCAUUAAAGGAGGUGAUGACACACAUUAAUGAAGACAAAAGAAAAACAGAGGCACAAAGGCAGUUCUUUGACGUUGUCUAUGAAGUGGAUGGAUGUCCAGCCAAUCUCCUGUCCUCCCACCGCAGCCUGGUGCAGCGUCUGGAAACUGUAGCACUUGGGGAUGACCUCUGUGACAGGGGAGAGCAGGUCACGCUCUUUCUGUUCAAUGAUUGCCUAGAGAUUGCAAGGAAACGGCAUAAAGUUAUUGGAGCUUUCAAGAGUCCCCAUGGCCACACAAGGCCUCCUGCAUCUCUCAAGCAUGUUGUUCUCAUGCCUCUCUCCCAGAUCAAGAAAGUCUUGGACAUCAGGGAGACAGAAGAUUGCCAGAAAGCUUUUGCCUUAGUUGUGAGGCCACCUACAGAACUCAACAACAAGCUGCUCAGUUUCCAGAUGACAACUGAAGACCCUUGCAAGGAGGACUGGCUGAAGAUGCUGUGUCGGCACGUGGCCAACACCAUCUGUAAAGCAGAUGCAGAAAAUCUCAUUUAUAUUGCUGAUCCUGAUUCAGUUGAAGUAAAUACUAAAGAUAUGGACAGUACUUUAAGCAGAGCAUCCAGGGCAAUAAAGAAAACAUCAAAAAAGGUCACAAGAGCCUUUUCUUUCUCCAAAACCCCCAAGCGAGCGCUCCGCAGGGCUCUGAUGUCUCACAGCGCCACGGAAGGGCGGAGCCCCAGCUCUAACGAGAGUUUCAUCGGCAGCCGCCUGACCAGCACCUCCUCCCUCGCGGGUGUUCCUUCUCCUUCCUUGGUCAGCCUUCCCUCGAUCUUCGAAAGGAGGAGUCACACAUUAAGCCGAUCAACAACCCACUUGAUAUGAGGCAGGUCGGAAGACUCUGCUCUGUGGCAGUGACUGACAGGCAGGUGGCUGGGCAGUGACCUGUGACUGACAUUAGUGGUACCUUAGUCAUUAGCACUUAGCAAUGAUUAGCAAAAUGUUAGAUGACACUAAGUUAAUCACAAGGGGGGUUUAGUUGUGUUGAAGCAGACCAGCCAAUCAGUGGAAUAAGUAACUUGGCCUUCAUUGAAACACAGGAUUCCCUUGUACAGAUUUAUUUCCUUACCAGCAUAACUGAAAGAUUUUCUUCUAUGGAAAUUGUCCCCUCCAGGCAAUAAACUGAUUUGUCAGAUCUUGAAAUUAAGAUGAUGAUCACAUAAUUUACUGCUAGUUUGGAUGACUCUUAUGCUUGCCUAACUUCAUCUACUGGUAGAGCACUGUAAUGUUUGAAUUGUGGAUUUCUUAAAUAGAGAUACAUUAUGAAAUACCUGACCUUUCAAGUAUGACAGUUAACCUGUUGUACAGCUGCUUAUUCCAGAUAUUUUAUAAAUGUAGUUGUUUAUAAUUAAAUAGAAUUGAGUUUUGUGAUUAUGAUCUCCUGCAGCCUCACUGUAAACACAGUGGUAUGAGGAGCUUUGACCACCAAAAAUGAUCAAUUGAAUUCUUCAUCUUGCUUUGAAAUGGAAGUCUGAGGUAAAGAAUUACACUCCUUUUAAGUAGGAGUUGUUCAAAGUAGGUUUUUUUAAGUAGGGUUGUUAAAAAAACCAAACCCCCACACUCUCCCCAUACUUGGUUAACAAAUAAUUAUUUAAUGCAUGGGAUUAUUAUCAAUGGGUGUGACAUUAGAACUUCAGGGUCCAAUUUUGAUGUGUCAAAUUUCAGUGUACAACUCCUAAGGCUUUUAGGCUUUCUCAUGUAUUUAUGUCUUCCUUUAAAACUAUGUUCACUCCUGUCAUCUCUGAACAGUUUGUACCCUGCAAUGCACAAACUAUCUGAAUAUGUAAAUUUCUGCAUUUCAUUAACAGUUCAACUGUUGGUAUUAGCAGGAGUUCGCAACUUCUGGUUUCUAUUUAACCACCUGUGUUUUGUCUUGUAUCUAUAUGUAACUAGUGAUGCUUUUGAAUGUGUCAGACUGCACUGUUUUUUAUGUAUCUUUUUGCCAAUCUGAGCAAUGUAAAUAAACUGUUUAAAAUAACAGUGCUUCUGGCUUUGCUAAACAAGCUUUUAUGGAAGUUUACUUUUUUAUGUGGGGAAAAAAAAAGCAUUGUUGAGUUCCAGCCUACAACUGUACUCUGAUUAUCUAUAUAGUUAUUCCUAAUAAAGUAUACCACUUGAUAGGCCUGAA